GCUGGGUGGUCCCCGGGGCUGGCCCCGACGGCUCAGAGAAGACAGCGGGGAUGGAGGGGGCCGUGUCGGCGUCCACCCGGGUGUCCGGGGGCUGCCAGGGAGCGCUGCCCUGUCCCUCUCCCCUCCUGUAGCACAGACGGACCCCCCCUGAGCCAGGCCAGCCGCCUGCCCCCCUGCAGCGCUCAUCCCCCGGGGGACAGCCAGCACGUCCCAGCGGCAUGGGGAAGCAGAACAGCAAACUGCGCCCUGAGAUGCUCCAAGACCUGCGGGAAAACACCGAGUUCUCCGACCUGGAGCUGCAGGGCUGGUACAAGGGUUUCCUGAAGGACUGUCCCUCGGGCAUCCUCAACGUGGAGGAGUUCAAGAAGAUCUACGCCAACUUCUUCCCCUACGGUGAUGCCUCCAAGUUCGCCGAGCACGUCUUCCGCACCUUCGACACCAACGGCGACGGCACCAUCGACUUCCGAGAGUUCAUCAUCGCCCUGAGCGUCACCUCCCGCGGGAAGCUGGAGCAGAAGCUCAUGUGGGCCUUCAGCAUGUACGACUUGGAUGGCAACGGCUACAUCAGUCGGGAGGAGAUGCUGGAAAUUGUGCAGGCCAUCUACAAAAUGGUUUCUUCUGUGAUGAACAUGCCUGAAGAUGAAUCGACUCCAGAGAAAAGAACGGAAAAAAUCUUCCGACAGAUGGAUACUAAUAACGAUGGCAAGCUCUCGCUGGAGGAGUUCAUCAAAGGUGCCAAGAGCGACCCGUCCAUCGUGCGCCUGCUGCAGUGUGACCCCAGCGGCGCCGCGCAGCUCUGAGCCCCACGGACCCCCGCAGCCCCCCCCACGGUCCCCAUGGCCCCACGUCACCCCUUCACCCUGCAGCUGGUCACUGCCUCUAUCCCCUGCCCGGCCCCCACGGUCCCCAGCGCCCGUGUCCCCACGGCCCCUCGUGGGGAGAGAGCUGGAGCCUGGCUGAGGCGGGGGGACGGUCCCCAUCACUGGGGGGGCUCCUGCACUGGCUCGACUCGGGGAAGGAUGGAGGCAGGGUCUGCCCCGAGCGAGGACGGUCCCCCCCCAGCACCGGGGGCUCAGAGCAGGGGGACAACCCAGCCCGGUGGGAAAGGCUGGCGGUGAAGCCACCGCUGCAUCUCCAGCAGGUGCGGGGACACGGCCCGGGGGACAAAGACCCGGUGGCUCGGGGGCCCCCCAGCAGCCCCCCACGCAUGCACACACUGCCACGGCCGUGGGGGCCAGGCCAGCCCCUUCCCCACAGCCCCACGGCCGGCGCACGGGUGGGGGCCGUGGGGAGGGGGAUGCGGUUCUGGUCUUUUAAUACCUGCAGAAUAAAGUUUGUGUCAGUGCA